AUGCUGGAAAAGUUCGAUAUCGACUUUGUCAUUCUGGAGGGAUAUUCGCAAAUCGCACCGCCAGUUGGGGCCAGCAUUGGCCUGUUCCCCAAUGGGCUGCGCAUUUUGGACCAGCUCGGAUGUUAUGAGACCAUCCAAGGCCUGUUUAGCCAAAAGCUGGAAAAGGCACAUAGCCGGGACAAAAAUGGGAAGAUAACAUCCACCCUGCAUUUCAUGUUUGAGCACCUAGAGCGGCGACAUGGUUAUGGUCUUCUUUUCCUCGAUCGCGAGCAACUAUUGCAGAUCCUACACGACCAGAUCCGGCAUAAAGAUAGAAUACUUCUGAACAAAAAGGUCACCGGCAUAGAUCUGAUUGACCAAGGUGUUAAGGUAUCCGCUGCAGACGGCUCGGUUUUUACUGGAACUAUCGUUGUCGGAGCCGAUGGCAUCCAUAGCAACGUUCGGUCUCUCAUGGUAUCGCUGGGAAACGAGCUCCAGUCAGGAUACUUCCCUCCGAACGAGGAAGGCCACAUACCAUGUUACUACCGCUGCAGCUUCGGUAUUGCCCAGCAUGUCCCGGGGUGGAUUUCAGGGGAGCAGCACUUUGUGACAGGCAGAGGCCAGUCGCAACUUGUUGUCUCGGGGCCGGAAGAUCGAGUGUAUUGGUUUUUGUUCGACAGGCUGCCUGAGACCAAGUACGGGACAGACAUACCUAAAUAUGGCAAAGACGAUGAGGCCGAGUUCGUGAAGCGGAAUUACCACCUUCCCAUUACCACAGAGAUCUCUUUCGGUCAGGUCUUCGACAAGCGAUUGUCAUCAACAUUGACUGCCCUGCACGAGGGGGUUUUUCAGACGUGGUUCUUCAGGAGGAUCAUUACCCUCGGAGACUCAGCACAUAAGCCAAACCCGAUCGGCGGCCAAGGUGCGAAUGGAGCCAUGGAAUCCUGCGCCGAGUUCCUCAAUGCUAUUCUGCGAAAGAAAGAUAGCCGUGAUGGUAGCUUGACGAACCUAACGGACCAAGACAUAGAGGAUAUAUUUACAGAGACACAAGCCGCGAGACAUAAUCGCGCGGAAAUGAUCGUCCGACACUCUCAUGAGGUCCAGGCACUCAACGCCUUUGAGAACCCACUAGUCUCCACCAUCAUUGGAAGCCUUGUCCAGCCCUUAGCGGGAGACGAAUAUAUCCUUAACCGCCUGGGGCAAGUGUUCGUACAUGCUGCCACUGUACACAAGCUUCACAUCCCUGAUCGGCAGAGGGCAAUCCCAUUCGCUGAUGAGCUCCCAGCCAAGCCGAUCAGCAAAGCCACCUCAGGAUUUGUCCGUUAUGCCUUCAUAGGUAGUAUGGGGUUUGUCCUCGUUGUCACGGAAAAACCUUUUCGAAUCCCUUUCCCGAAACUCCAUGGCUGGAGAGAAUCGGAUGACAUCAUUAUAUCACGGCUAGGUAGAACUCCUGCCUCGGGUUUCUUGAACAUGCUUAUGUCCGUAUUGUCCGUUCCAAUCUUAGAUACCAACCCGGCAGCAAGGCUUCAUCUCCUCAACUUCCUCCCUCAGUUUAUCUCCCCACUGCUGAUCUACACGAUCGAAGGCUACCGUAUGGGAAACCAAAGGAAUAUUCUCGCCCUCCCAAUUCUCUUCACAGCGGGCAUGCAGGUCCAGGGUAUCGGCCGCAUGGCCUUGGUACAUGCUAUCCUCAGCGCCUUAUAUAUACAUCAAGAAACAACAGGUCGUGUUGUGCCUAAACGGGUAGCUAUAUCUCUGGGCCCCGCACUCACCUUGGGCUUCAUCCUUCCCACGAUAAUGGUCUUCGCGCAAACCCCCAAUCUUAGGGCAUGGCAAAACUGGAUGGCACUCUGGCAAUUCGCGCCGCCUUUGGUCAACGUCUUGACAGCUGUUCUUUCGGUCGGGCUCGGACGGUGGCAGCGCAGUGAAGGCGCCCAGGAAAAUAGCCCGGGCGGAUUCCACCGCUAUGAAAAAGACGAUGUGCCAAUCCUAAACUCUGCUUAUACGUACGCUUUUAUCGUGCAGGCUACGGUUCACGUCGCAACGCUCGCAUACGCGUGGUCCCACCCAGACAUCUCGAUUGCCAAUGCUUUCUUUGGGUUGCCUAACCCAUUCCGGGCCCAGUGGAACAUCGUGAGCCUCUCGAAGCAGGUAGCUACAUUCUUCCGGUACGACGGUGCCACCGCCCUGGCGGCGUACGUAGGUGGCAACCUGUACUCGAUCUGGGAUCUUCGGCGUCUGGGGUACAUCGAAACACGCACAGGCAUCAAGGCUGCGCUUGGCGUUGUCGCGGGUGUGUUCAUUGCUGGUCCAGGGGCUACCUGGGCCGCCUUGUGGUCCUGGAGAGAGGACAAGAUUGCUAAUAUCGGGACAUGA